CGACGAAUAUCGGAUACAAUUGAACACCUGGAAGACCGAAGAACGACAGUGCCCUCCACAGGACAGAGUGUCGGCAAGAUGCUCCCUCCCUUCGAUUACUUCGAGCAUCGCGCGGCAUGUAAGAGAAAACAAGAUGAGCGUGCCAGCCGUAUUGCAACCCUACCAAAGCCCUACCUUCUACCGAUUUCGCCUGACGACAAGGCGAUAUACGAUGAACCGAUCGAUCAACUUGUCAAAGAUGUUCAGAACAAUAGCGCCAAAGCCGUCGAUGUCCUGCGAGCUUACGGCAAAGCCGCCGUGAGGGCUCAAGAGAAGACGAAUUGCGUUACAGAGGUCAUGAUCAAGGAGGCCGAAAGCUGGAUAGAGAAGGGAGAUAUCAACCUUAAAGGUCCGCUGGCCGGCAUACCCGUCAGUCUCAAAGACAGUAUUGUCGUGGGCGGCUUCGACACGUCUGUUGGCUACUCCUGCAAGACUGGAAAGCCAUACGCAGCAGAUGGCGCUGUUGUCCGUCUCCUCAAGGAUGCUGGAGCCGUGCCAUUUGUCAAGACUGCGCUGCCUAUAACUUUGCUGAGUUUUGAGAGCUUCAAUGAUGUCUGGGGCAGAGCAUUGAACCCACACAACGGGAAGUAUUCACCAGGUGGUAGCACUGGUGGAGAGGGCGCCAUUCUGGCCUUCGGUGGUAGCAGAAUCGGUGUUGGCUCUGAUGUUGCAGGCUCUGUCCGAGCUCCGGCUCACUUCUCUGGCUGCUACUCACUCCGCUGUAGCACUGGACGGUGGCCCAAGCAUGGAGUAGACACUUCAAUGCCUGGUCAAGAAGGAAUUCCCUCCGUGUUCUCGCCCAUGGCACGCACCCUUCUCGACCUCACCUACUUCACACGUUCGAUCAUUCAAAUGCAGCCCUGGAAGUACGAUCAAUCUGUUCAUCCGCUCGCUUGGCGAUCUGAUGUCGAAGAGACCUUUUCGUCCAAGAAGCUGAAGGUAGGUAUCAUGCGAACGGACCAAGUCGUCGAUCCAGCUCCUGCUUGCGCCCGAGCCCUGAACACAGCCGCGGAUGCCCUGAAGGCGCAAGGGCACGAAGUCUUUGACGUGGUUCCGCCAAGUCCAUAUGAGGCCAUGGUCAUUGCAAGCAAUCUACUCAACGCCGACGGCACCAAAAUGUUUCGCUCCUUCUUCCGCACCGGCGAGUCUGAUGAUGCAGGCGCACGCGAGUUCGGCAGAUACAUGCGGCUCCCACGUUUCAUUAAAUGGUUCUACUGGGCAUACGUGAAGUACAUCAAGAGGGACGACAUCUGGGCUGGUCUGCUGGAGCACUGGCACGCGAAAUCGGCAUUCGAGAACUGGCAGUGGGUUGCUAAGCGCGAGCUCUACAAGGCUAAUUUCCAUGCGUGGUGGAACACUUUUGGCGACAAGGGCGAUGGCAUGGACUUCCUCUUGACGCCGCCAAAUGCUACGCCGGCUGUGCCACACAAUGGCAUGAAAGAAGCAUCGGCCUCUUGUGGAUAUACUUUCCUGUUCAAUCUUCUGGACUACGCUUGCGGCAUUGUGCCUGUCACACACGUCGAUCCAAGCAAAGACAUGCUUUCGCCGAGCGUCAAGAUCAACCGAAUGAAUGGCGUCGCUCGUGGCGCAUACAAGCACUACGACGCCGUCAAAAUGGCCGGACUCCCGGUUGCAGUGCAGCUUGUUGGAAGGCGUCUUGAAGAGGAAAAAGUACUUGCUGGCAUGAAGCAGUUAGAGGACUCUUUAGAGGCGCGCGGCCAGAAGUAUCAACUGCUCAAAGGAUAUGAGCUGGACUAGUUCUCGAAGUCCUCGUAGUUCAACAAUGGUGUGAUGCACCCAAAUUACCUGCUGUCUGUUGCAUUCUGGUCUAAUAAGCAAGAAUGUAUCUCCGAUGCCGAUUAG